AUGUGUCCUACUCGCUGGAAUGAACGAUAUGAAUCCGUUCAAACAUUUUAUUCACUAUACGAAUCAAUAAUUGAUUUACUCGAUGAAGUUACUGCUAUUAGACCUUCUGAUUCGUUGGCAUUAGGUAUCAAUUAUCACACAGCAUUAAUUGGAUCUGGUUUUAUAAUCACAUUGCUCACAUUAAAUAAAUUAUUAUCAUUUACCCUUAUCAUUUCGAAAAAUGUGAAAGAUAAGUCAAUCGAUUUAAUGCACUGUAAAGAUGCGAUUGAAGAUAUAGUAUUCAUAUUGAACGAAAUACGAAAAGAUCCGGAUGUUGAAUACGAUGACAUUUUCGAAGGAGCAAUUGAACUAGCUCAAUAUACUGAUUCAAGAAUUGAUAUGCCUCGCAUAACUAAACGACAAGUUCAUAGAAAUAAUGUGCCAGCUAAAGAUGCAAAAGAACACUUCAAAUUGAAUUGUUUUAUUCCAAUUCUCUAUUAUUUAAUUACAUCAAUAACAGAUCGUUUCUCAGAUCAUGUCAAACAAGCAUUAACAAUAUCUUCACUAAUACCAGCAUAUUUAAAACCAUUCAAUGAAUUAAUACCGUCACUUCAGCUAUAUCAUGAUGUAUUACCCGACGGUGGUAAUAUGGUUAUUCAUCAAGCAGAAUAUUCAUGA